GAAAAACUGGUUUCUUCCUGCUCCAGAAGUUUCUCCAGGAAGCCCUGUUCACUUUAAGGUUCUGUCCAAAGAGCUGAUGCCCUGGAACUCUGUGAGGUUAAGCUUUGAAUUAUCUGGCCCAAGUCACAUGUCUCUGUAUUUUCGGCCGCGCGAAGGAUCGGCGCUGUCUGCCUGGUCUCUCGGGGAUGGCGUGCCGGUGGCCAGCUUAGGAGGGGACUACUUUGUGUUUUACUCCCACGGGCUGCAGGCCACGCCGUGGCACUUCUGGGUGGAACUGACGGUCCCAGAAAAGCAUUCUGAUGGAAUAGUGUCCCUUGCCAUAGCAGCACAUUACUUUUUUGGGGAAGAUCAAAAGUCGCCUCAACUCGAUGCCUUACUGGAGAGGUUUCCAAACUGGACGUUUUCUUCUGGUUGGUCCUCCACCUACGAUCUUUUUGUCUUCUAG